UACUCUGGUUUUCUUAGUUUUUUGACUGUUUGCUGCCAUCUAGUGUCUGAAUAAUGCAGAGGUAAGUGUAAAAAGGGUUUCUGGUUUGUAAAUAUUCAUUUAUCUAUUUUUGUUAAUAAAUAAGAAUGUUAAAAUAUAUUUUAUUUUUAUGUAAAGCUUCUGUUUUGUAAUUAACAAAAUCAUGAAAUAAGUAUUUAAUCUUCUGACCACAACUGAUUCUCUCUUUUGUCGAGAGACUGAUUGACAUAUAAGCAGCCAAUCGGCUUUCACAGAGCGCCUACAAGCAGCCAAUCUGCUUUCGCUGAUCAGCGUGCAGGCAAAAACCCCGCCCACUCGACUCAGUUGUGAGGCGGAGAGUGCAGAGCUUUGCUGUUUGCUGUUGAGUUGCUUUAACUCCACUUCUGUUUCGGGUGUUGUGCGUCUAUUCAAAGCUCCAGUGAAGAGUUUAUUGAAGGACAGCGAGAACAUGAGUGAUCCAGAACCCUGCAGAAUUAAACAUGAAGACACUGAACAACAAAUAGACCUAAUUGAAGAGUAUGAGGAGAUUAAAGAGGAGGAACAUCACGUCAACAUUGAGGAAAAGCAUUUACAGACUGAUGAUAUUUUGAAAAAGAGAGACAAGAAUCGUUUAAUAUGCACUCAGUGUGGGAAGAGUUUCGGAAGAAAAAGCAGCCUUAAGAUUCACAUGAGGAUCCACACUGGAGAGAAACCAUUCACAUGCACUGAGUGUGGGAUGAGUUUUAGGCAAUCAUCAGACCUUAAUCAACACAUGAUGAUCCACACUGGAGAGAAACCAUACACCUGCCCUCAGUGCGAGAGGAGUUUCAGCCGCUUAUCAAACCUUAAUGAACACAUGAAGAUCCACGCUGGAGAGAGACCAUACACAUGCACUCAAUGUGGGAAGAGUUUCUGCCGGAUAUCACACUUUAAUGAACACAUGAGGACCCACACUGGAGAAAAACCAUUCACAUGCACUCAGUGUGGGAUGAGUUUCAGCUGCUCAUCAAACCUUAUUAAACACAUGAGGACCCACACUGGAGAGAAACCGUUCAUAUGCACUCCGUGUGGGAUGAGUUUCAGCCAAUCAUCAAGCCUUAAACUACAUAUGAUGAUUCACACUGGAGAGAAGCCGUACAAGUGUUCACACUGUGAAAAGAAAUUCAGAGACUUACAAGCCCUGAAAAGACAUGAGAGGAUUCACACUGGAGAGCAGUGGUGCCCAAACUUUUAAGUAUGAAGGGCCAAAAACCAAAUAUUAUUUAGAGUCGUGGGCCAAAGGUAAAUAUACCAAACUAUAUUACAUUAGUUGCCAUGGGUAAUCUCGUAAUUCAUAAUAUUUAAAAAUAAAAAUAAACCAUUACUUCAAAUCAAACCAAUGCAGUAUUACCUUUUAAACCAUAACUCCUUGCAAUAAAACCAAUCACAUUUAUAACACAGUGGAGUCAGGGCCGGAGCAAGCUGAACUGCCGCUCUAGGCAAAGGACGUUCUCGCCGCCCACAACCCUCUCUAUUCUGCCAACCUCGACGCGGAUAUGACUGAGGGCGCACACUGAAACAUUUUCAUUCUCCACCAAACAUUGCACAUAUGUCCUGGAAAAUGCUAAUUGAAAUACAGAAAUACAUUGUCAUACAACAUAUUGCUUUGCCAAUUUGCAUAUUAUAUUUCAAAAUGAAUUGUGCCACUCGUAUGCUUCCAUCAUCAUUUUGUUGUCUAAUAAAUGUGCAUUUGCAAGUGUGGCAGCUAAUAUGCUGGAAGAAAUACAAGCAGAUGAGAAAUCCAGAAAGAGAAUUUUGUCAAAUUUAUGUUUACUGUUGUUUUUUUUGCAGGGGUUUUUUGCCUUUGAAAUGUAUCAAACAUAAUAAAACUCAACCUGAAAUCUUU